AUGAGUGCAACCACAGAUGACAUAAAGAAAGCGUACAGAUCAAUGGCUCUUCAGUACCACCCCAACGUGUGCCAUGACGGUUCCAAGAAAGAAGAGUUGACGAGGAUGUUUGUGCAGCUCAACGCCGCCUACACCACCUUGUCCAACCCACAGCUUCGAGCGGAUUAUGAUUAUGAGUUGGGUUUGAGAAGCAAGAAAAGUGUGGGUAAUGAGAGUUGGAGAUGUAGGUGGCAGGAGCGGGUGGUUGAGUUGAAGAGAAGGUCUUACACGCGUAUGGCACAAAGGGACGGAUCCUGGGGCUCUAGAGUCAGAGCACGAAACAUGAAUUGA